AUGCCGACUUCAUAUCCAAGCUAUGAAAGCCUUCUGACAGCGGACACAUCGCCUCAUGCAUCGCCAGACUUGCUACGCCUGCAGUGGAAUCUCACCAGCGACAAUUACGCUCGUGAAUGGAUCGAGGUACAUGGUCUUCACGCGGAUUCAGAUGACUUCGAUAAAGAUUGCGAGCCACCUGGUUUUGACAGCGAAGGCGUUGUAGAACGCUGUUGUGGUAAAGAUCGUCCCGGGAAAGGACCUCGUCUUGAGGUUGUGGCUGAAGCAGGUCAUUUUGUGACCGUCAGGCAAUUUGUCAGUCUCGUUCAUCCUUGGUUGCGAAAGCUAAAAGGUCAACUUCGCGGUGCUGCGAGUGUUUGGGCUGGUUGGGGGCCACAAGAGGAUCCCGAGAUGAUUGUCAGCUUGCAUGCAAUGCCCAUCAGUGUUGACGAUACUAGAGGAUGGACGGCAGAGUGGGCUGCGAUAGAAAGGGAGACGCAAGUAAACAUGAUCGGAAACGUGAUUCGGACAAUCAAACAUCUGGGUCUGUGA